AGUGGAUGCCUCCAGCUGCAGUAUAAAUGAUUGUGCUCCCUCGUCUUUGAAUUCCCACCACAACACCUAAUUUGAAUUGCCAUUUCUUCCUGUUCCUGUUCUUUGUUUGUGUGCAUCCAUCCAUACAUAGUUUCUUCUCUUUUACAGCGCAUUAGCAGGCAGCCAAUGUCACGAGGAAGGGAUCCUUUGGUGUUAGGGCAGAUUGUUGGGGAUGUGUUGGAUCCUUUCACUAGAUCUGCUACUAUGAGAAUUAUGUACAACAAUAGGGAAAUCUCGAAUGGGAGUAGGCUAAGGCAAUCGGCUGUGGCGGAUAAGCCACAGGUUCAAAUUGAAGGGAAUGAUCCAAGGAAGCUCUAUACACUUGUGAUGGUGGAUCCUGAUGCACCAAGUCCAAACAAUCCAACUGAUAGAGAGUAUCUGCACUGGUUGGUGACAGACAUCCCAGAAACUCUUGAUGCAAGUCAUGGAAACGAGAUAGUGAGCUAUGAAAGCCCACGGCCACAAGCCGGGAUUCACCGUAUCGCACUUGUCCUCUUCCGUCAGCAAGUCCAGCAGACUGUGCAUGCGCCUGGGUGGCGUCAAAACUUCAGCACGAGAGACUUCUCUGCCUUCCAUAACCUUGGACUCCCUGCUGCUGCUACCUUCUUUAAUUGUCAACGAGAGACUGGUUGUGGAGGAAGAAGGUAGUAAAUAACACACUAAGAACUCCAUCAUCUAGGUCAUGAUUCAUGCAUCCAUCCAUAUUUAGUGUCAGGUGAAGGCGAUCAUCGAGGUGUUGGAUCCAUGUGAAGAGUGUCUUUUAGGUUUGUCGAUGAAGCAAUUAAGAGUUUCGUUAAGUAAAUAAAGAACAAUAUGUUGCAUGUGAUGUGAUACUUUAUAGCUGGGUUUUGACACUACUAAGAUGUAUGUAGAUGAGAUUAGCUCAUUUUGAAUUUAAGAUUCAAGCAAGAAUGAUU